AUGACUGAUGAACACCAGUCGUACACCUGCUUCCUGUCCAACAUGAGCUGCCGCACAAGCUGUUCUGCCCGGCCCUGUCUGCCCCCCAGCUGCCAUGGAUGCACCCUGCCUGGGGCCCGCAACAUCCCUUCCUCUGGGGGCAUGGGUGGCUCACUGUGUGGGGGCUCCUUCAAUGGCAAUGAGAAGGAGACCAUGCAGUUGCUGAAUGACCGCCUGGCCAGCUACCUGGAGAAGGUGCGCCAGCUUGAGCAGGAGAAUGCAGAGCUGGAGGGCCGCAUCCGUGAGUUUUCCCAGAAGCAGAUGCCCUAUGCAUCCCCGAACUACCAGUCCUACUUCCAGACCAUCGAGCAGCUCCAGAAGAAGGUGAGGAUGUACCAGGCAGAACACUCCAUGAGACAGCUGGUGGAGGCUGACAUCAACAGCCUGCACAGGAUGCUGGAUGAGCUGACCCUGUGCAAGUCCGACCUGGAGUCCCAGGCGGAGUCUCUGAAGGAGGAGCUGUUGCAGCUCAAGCAGAACCAUGAGCAGGAAGUCAAUGCCCUGAAGAGCCAACUUGGUGAGCGCCUCAAUGUGGAGGUGGAUGCUGCCCCCAAUGUGGACCUGAACCGUGUGCUGAAUGAGAUGAGGUCUCAGUAUGAGGCCCUGGUGGAGAAUAACCGCAAGGACGUGGAAGAAUGGUUUGCCAAACAGACUGAGGAACUGAACAAGCAGGUGGCAUCCAGCUCGGAGCAGCUGCAGUCCAGCCAGGCUGAGAUCAUGGAGCUGAAACGCACUGUUAGCUCCCUGGAGAUCGAGCUGCAGGCCCAGCACAACCUGGUGAGUACUGUUCAGAUGUCCUGCUGAGAAAUGCAAAGCCAGGGAAUUCAGUCUCUGGGCUAA